GAAGAAGAGCCACUGUUCAAGCUGCAGAUAAUCCUGUUCCUGGACAGCGGAGGACAGCCUCAAUUCCACGAGGUCGUUGCAGCCUUCAGUCACAACGUGUCCCUCGUCCUGGUCUUCAUCAAGCUCAACGAGCGUCUGGAUGCUCUGUGCACCAAUGCCUUCACCGACGAGGAAGGAAAGUGGUUUACGGAGCAAUGCCCCUCACUGCUCACCAACGAGCAGAUGGUGGUCCAGUUUGUCCACACCAUGAUGUGCAAGCCCGUGGCCGGCAGCGAAGGCAUGCACACCAGGUUCAUGGUGAUCGGCACUCACAGGGAUCUGAUGCACGAGUGCGACGAAACCCUGGAGCAGAAGAACGAGAGGCUGGCCAGCCUGUUUCUACCGGCUCUGGAGGAAAACCUGGUCAUGAAUGGCGACGACAUCAUCUUUGCCGUCAACGCCAAGAAUCCCGACGAGAAUGACGACAAAUGCUUCGAUCUGAUCCGCGAGAAAGUGGCGGACUUGAGCGGGGCCCUGGAUGUGGAUACCCCGAUAGCGUUCCUCGUGUUGCUGAACGACGUGAACAAGUACGCGGAAGAGCAGAGAAAGAAGGUAGUGAGCAUGGAGGAAUUCCAGGCCAUCGCUGGGAGGCUGAAGAUGGAGCGACAGAGUCUGGAGGCUGCCUUGGUUUUCUUCAACAAGAUGAGCGUGUGGAUGUACGUGCCGUCGGUCCUCCCUGGUGCGGUGUUUGUCGACCCUCAGAUGCCACUGGACAGCAUAAAUCGAAUCGUCCAGUACAGCUUCCGGGUGGGGGGUGGUGCGAUUGCAGGGCUGGCUGCGAGCGAGUGUCGACUGUGGAAGGAAGGGGUGGUGAGCAGCGAGAUGCUGAAGGGAGAGGAGUUCCGUGGUUGCUUCGUGAGGGGUCUGUUUGAGGCAGGCGAUGCUCUGAAGCUGUUCGAGAAGCUUUACAUUGUAGCUCCUCUGAACGAGAGGGAGUUCAUAAUGCCUGCCAUGCUCCAGACGGUGGCAGAGAAGGAUAUGGAGCGAUAUGUGCCUGCCCCCAGUGAGCACGUGUCCCCUCUCUUUCUCCACUUCCACAUGUCCCGCAUCGCUAAAGGUGUGUUCUGCUCCACCCAUACCUGCAUGCGCUCCAAGUAUGGGUGGACCACGGCUUACACCAUGGUAAAAAGUAAGAAAGUUCCUGCUUGUCUCUUCCGCAAUGCCGUGCGGUUGCAGCAUCCGACAAAAGCAGUUGAAAUUACUCUUCUCCAUGCUUUGAAGCAUUUCGAAGUUCAUCUCGAUGCAUCGCAGGCCGACCUGCCCAUCAUCUGUCCAGAAAUCCGUGACAUGCUCAUGGAUGCAGUGGAUAGUGCAGCGAGUGCUUUCCGCUUCAAGAAUUCGCGAGCCUCUGUAGCCUUCCAGUGCCCCUGCAGCCCAGACGACGUGCACACAGCCACUCCAAAUGAAGCCCACUCCAACCUCAUCUGCACACUGACGGGGAAGAACAUUCGAGGAGGCCUUACACCUGCUCAGAGGGUGUGGCUUGGACCACGAACUGCUCCAGUCGCCGAGUCAGCUACAACUUCUCUCUCGACUAGUGAACCUGUGUCGUCUCUCACUGACCCUCCCUCCCCGUCCUCUCCGUCUUCCAGAAUGGAUGAAAAGCCGACACUUCCAGAGCUCCUCAGUUUCCCCACACACUCAGGAGAACCCAUCAACAUCAUCACGAAAGUCGGAGUGAACUACGAGAUGUUGGGGACUCUGUUACUGGAGGACAACGAUGGGUCCAUCAUGCCAACCAUCAGAUCUCAAUGUCACCUGGAUGCCGAUAGCAUCACCAUGGAGAUAAUGAGGCGCUGGCUGAGGGGGAAAGGGAAGCAGCCGGUGACCUGGAGAACUCUGACGGACUCUCUCAAGUCCAUUGGUCUCUCUCCCCUGGCCUCCUCCAUUGAACACUCUCUCAAGUGAUCUGCCAUCCUCCUCCUCUUUCUUCUCCUGUACCUCCGCUACCCACACUCCACUUAAUUGUUGCUCUUUCACAUUUUUCUUUUUAAGUGCUUUUUUCUCACUAACAGGCAGUGUUGUAUUGUAGUCUCAUGUACAAUACAGUAAUUGUGUAUUUUUGUUGCUGCCUGUUACUUUCUCCCCACCCAAUCCAUCACAAAUGCCCUGCGAACGCGAGACAACAUUGUACCUUCAUUUGUGCUUUCUCUCACCCAAACCACUGUACUUAUAAUCAUUCUCCAUUCUCUUAUAUAUGAAGAUAUUAGACCAUGAGACAUGUACAUGUAUUAAUAUCUCUUGUUUUGUAUAAUUACAUUUUGGUGAUGAUUCUUUAGUGAUUUU